AUUUUCAAAAUAUAAAUAAUUUAUCAGAAUCUUGUAAAGAACAACUGAACAUAUUUCAUGAAAAUUUAGAGAAUGGUGAAAAUUGGGCAUUACGAAUGAUGGAUGCAUCUUCGAAAUCUGAUUCUGGUUAUUUAAAUUUAAAUGUUGCUGAUUUUGGUUCAUUUGAUGAAUGUAUUAACAUUGAAAUUGACUUUCAAACCCAAAAUAACACAAUUUUUGGAAAAUAUUGUUUAAUUAUGUUUAAUGCAAGUGUCGUGUUCGAGCCAAGACUAAAUCAAUUUAACAAAUCAUUACAUUUAUGGAAUAAACAGGAAAUAAAUUUUAUGGAACAUUUUAUAUACAAGAAUACAGCAUUCGAACCAAUCAAAUCAGUUUGUGUUCCAAAUAGAUGCACUAAAAAUGAUGUGAAAAUUUUAGUUCAUAAUAAUUUUUAUAAUAGUUUGAGUCCCAAUGUUUUUUAUAUUGAUCAGUGUCAAACAUUGCCCAAUUAUCCAAAAAUUGAUUCCCUGGAUGUAAUUGCAAUAUUGUUUCCCGUUGUACUUAUAGUUUUUCUAUUUUAUAUAACCUUGGGAAAAUUUUGUGGAUAUGGGCCGUUUUAUUUGGAUAAUAUAGCUGAUGUCGAAUAUUGGCGGAAUAAAGCAUGGGCACAAAUACUUGGAGUUGCAAAUUUUUAUAUAAUAAUGCGUAGAACCGCAUCAAUUUCGCACUUCUGGUACGUUCAAUGCGAUUCUCAACUAUAUCUUUUUACGCCGAUUGCAUUUCUAAUUUAUACAAAACGUUCGAAGAAAAGUGGUUUAGUAUUCAUGGGUAUUACGCUAUUAACAUCGAUAAUAACUGUUUUGGCAUGUGGAUAUUUAGUCACCGCAUGUUAUAAUGUACAUUCAAGAGAAUAUUUUGAUUUAUUGUACAAGAUGCCUUAUUUUCGGGCAAAUCCAUGGAUAAUGGGUUUAAUAUGUGCGUAUUUCUUUACUCAAAUAACGACUUCGCCACUGAAAUCGAAUUCUAAGAUUAAAAUAUAUUCUUGUUGGAUUAUUACCCUUUUGAUAAUGUCAUUCGCAUUUUUUGGAGAAACGCCCAUUAAAUUAUGCGCCGAUUGUCAAAUAUUUUAUGUGUAUUACGAUACAUUCGUAAAUAUAUUUUGGAGCUUGGCAAUUUUUUGGUUAAUUAUAUACUGUUAUCAUAUUAACGCGGAAGCGAAUGCAAAAAAACUAAACUUUGAUAAUAAUUAUUGUAUACCAUUAACAAGCAAGGGAUUGGAUAAUAUGCAAGGAUUGUAUAAUACUAGGGAUUUCUGA